CAUUGUAUGAUAAAUAGGCGUUACUUCGAUCUCGUGAUACACGGAAAUAAAAGGUGCUCGGCGGUUGUCGGCUUCACUUGGGAAACUGCAGAAAGCGCUUCAAAGGAAAUAAACAUGGAUGUCCCGACUCGUUUUUUCGUUUUGUUGUGCUUAAUGGGACUCACCUGUGCGGCGCCAGUGAAGUUCAUUGACUGCGGCUCCCCUUCUGGUAAAGUGUCCAUAGUGGACAUUAGCCCUUGUGCCGUUCAGCCAUGUCAGCUACACAGAGGACAGUCCUACAGUGUCAAUGUGACAUUCGACAGUGCUGUGGAGAGCCAGGCGAGCAAAGCGGUGGUUCAUGGCAUCAUUGCUGGAGUUGCCGUCCCCUUCCCCAUUCCCAAUGAAGAUGGCUGCAAGUCUGGAAUCCAGUGUCCCAUCCAGAAGCAGCAGCAGUAUCACUAUCUGAACUCUCUUCCUGUGAAGUCUGUGUACCCUCCAAUAAGGCUGGUCGUGGAGUGGGAACUGAAAGAAGACAACCAAAAAGACCUGUUCUGCAUUCGGUUCCCGGUUCAGAUUCUGUGAGCUAAGCUAAAGUACAAUAUAUAUUUUUAAAAAAGGGAUUCAGCUAUGAGUUAAAAACCUGCAGAAUGAUUCUAGUUAUGAUCUCAUUUUAUUCGUCCAUCAAAUUGAUUUUUAAGAUGUCUGUUUUUCACUGGUUUGCAAGACUUUGCUACACUCACACAUUGACUCCUGCUGAAAUAAAUAAACAGGUGAUUUUUGCAGUGACCUUCUUAACAGUCGAUUUUAAGGGAAGUGGAUGUGAAGCAAUACAGUUGUUUGUGAAUGACCUGAACCAUUUCCACUGCAGUGCAAUUGUCUUGUCUUACUGGCUGCUGUGUAGUCAGAAAAGGUACAUUCUGUAUUUUUCUUUACUAUAACUUUUGUAUUGUUUCUUACUGACCUUGUACUACUAGAUAUGUGUAAAUGAAAUAAAGAAAUCUAAUGUGUAACAAA